GAAAUGUAUAAAAAAUGUAACCGCUCCUACGCCAAGAGCGAUGUCUGUUGAGUUCAGGAGUGAGUUUUAUUCGGAUCUUCGUUGUGGACGGAUGUGCGUCGAGCGCGGUGUCGGGUAAACAUGUCUAAGAAAAAUGGUUUGGAGGUCUCGUUGUCGGCCGGCAAGUCGCCUGCGACGGAGUCUACACCCCUCGUUCCUAAAGUGGGUAUCGAAGAAGGUGGCAGCGGUGGAGAAUCCAGCAAGAAUGGCAUCAGCGGAGGUCUGUCGAUGAACCAAACAGCUUUUCUGAUCGCUGGUGAGCUGGUUGGCAGCGGUGUCCUGGCUCUUCCGAAGGCUGUCGUCAAAACCGGAUGGGUUGGCAUUCCCUUGAUAGUGCUGAUGUGCCUCCUGGCUGCCUUCAGCGGCAGGAGGUUGGGAGACUGCUGGACCAUCAUCGAGAGCCGAGACCCUGAAAUGAGAACCAGGAAAAGAAACCCUUACGCCAUCAUAGCCGAACAGUCUCUUGGAAAAUUCUGGAGCGUGGGUGUAUCUCUCGCCAUGAUAGUGACGCAGUUUGGCGUGGCGGUAGUUUAUCUACUGCUGGCUGCUCAGAUCAUUGAGCAAGUGUUCCUCUCCCUCAUGCCCACCGUAACGAUCUGCAUCUGGUACCUAGUGGUGGUGGGGGCUAUGACCCCACUCACUCUUUUCGGCACGCCCAAAGAUUUCUCCUUCUUGGGAGUGAUUGCUUUCUUCGCGGCGGUGGUAGCAUGUGUCCUGUACUUCAUACAAAUGAUGAACGACAUCAGACCUUACCCCGUAUUCCGUUGGGGCAUCCACGGCUUCACGGACUUCUUCCUCGCCUUCGGCACCAUCAUGUUCGCUUUCGGUGGAGCGUCCACAUUCCCGACUCUUCAGAACGACAUGGCCGACAAGACCAAGUUCAACAAGAGCCUGCAGUACGGAUUCAUUGCAAUCUUGGCCAUGUAUUUGCCCAUCGCGAUCGCGGGCUAUGCGAUCUACGGCGAGUCUGUGGGACCAAACUUCGCUACAUCACUGUCCGCGACCCCCCUGUCUCUGGUCGGCAAUGUCAUGAUGGCUAUCCACCUGGUCUGUGCCUUCGUCAUCCUCAUCAACCCCGUCUGCCAGGAGAUGGAGGAGCUCUACAACAUCAACAGUGACGCCAUCGGCUACCGUACGCUCGUACGUUUCUCCAUCAUGGCUGGUAUACUGUUCAUCGGGGAGAGCAUCCCUCGCUUCUACACCAUCCUAGCGUUUGUGGGGGCUACCACCAUCGCUCUACUCACCUACGUGCUACCCUCCUACUGCUACCUGAACCUUGUCAAUCAGCCACCAAGGGAAGGACAGGCGCCACUUGAGGUAGCGGGAUGGGUUAAGCUGGUCUGUUGGGAAGUGUUGGUCAUUGGUAUCUUGGGAGGCGCGGCGGCUACCUACAGCGCUCUUAGUGCCAUCUUUGGCACUGCUCAGGCCGUUCCGUGCUACCUCAAGUAGUUAGCUAGUGACAUCUAGCGGAUCAAGAAGCAACCGCUAUGACGUUUGGGAUGUUGCGGCAUUACAAUAAUAGAUGGCGUUGUUCGUAGCUGAUAAAUGUGUAAUCUUGAUUUCUUUAACUUUCGCAAAAAAAUAUAACUUAGGCAUAAUGGUUUUUAAACAAUAUCUUUUAAUUGUAUUCGUAAAAUAAUCUUAUAUUUUAACUUUAUAAUGAAAUAAUAUAUAUCCAAGAGAAAAGCAGAAUUGUAAUAUGCCGUUUAAUAAAAUAAUUAUGGAAAAAUAGGAACAGAAUUUUCCAUAUUAAAAGCGAGUAUUAGUAAGAAGACAGUUACAUUCAACAAUUAUGUUCUUAAUAAUUUCAAUUUGAAUAUUAGGUUAUAAGAAAACUUUUAAAAAUUUCCAUUUAAUGUGUUUUUUUAUAUAUUCUGUAUUUUAUAUAUUCUGUACUAUCUAAUAAUGAAUCCACCAUAGUUUUGUAAUUCGUAGUGGUCUGACACGACAUAAGUUGAUUGCUUUAAAUUUCAUUAUUAUUUGAAUAAAGAGAUUGAAUUAAACAA